GAGGUGCCGGUGGGAUGUCUGAUGGUCUACAACGAAGUCGUGGGGAAGGGAAGAAACAAAGUCAACGAGACCAGAAAUGCAACUCGCCACGCAGAGAUGGUCGCCCUGGAUCAGCUCCUGGAUUGGUGUCGCCGUAGCAACCUGGAUGUGAGCAGCGUGUGCAAGAGAACGGCGCUGUACGUCACCGUGGAGCCGUGCAUCAUGUGUGCUGCAGCGCUGCGCCUCAGCAACAUCCCCGUGGUCGUGUACGGCUGCAGGAACGAGCGGUUUGGAGGCUGUGGUUCAGUUCUGGAUGUUUCCUCUGCAGACUUACCUCACACAGGGAACACAUUUAAGUGUGUUUCAGGCCACAGAGCAGAAGAAGCUGUAGAGAUGCUGAAGUCGUUCUACAAACAGGAGAAUCCAAACGCCCCAAAACCCAAAACAAGGAAGGACUGAACGUUCUGUUAUAUAUCUACUUUUUAUCAUUCCUGUACUGCGCCUUUUUAAAUUUGUUUUAAUUUAAUAAACAACACUUUAUGUAAAA